AUGUCUUCCAAGAAGACCAUCGAAGAUGACACGGAUUCUGUCUCCCAGCGCUCAAAUGACAAAAUUGACGUCGCCGAUAAAGUCGGCGGAGCAAUCGUCAAAGAAGCUGCUCUAAUCACAGCGAAAGGGAAUAUUGUAACCAAAGAUGGCAGGGUGAUAUCAACACAAGACGACGAUGCCAGUCUUUCGACCAACAUUUUCGUAGAUCCAGAAGUCAAGGCGUAUUAUGUUGAUUUGUAUGAGAAGGCACAGUAUGAGUGUCGGCAUGCGUUUGAUGCAGAUCUGACGUGGACGAAGGAGGAGGAGAAGAAGUUGGUGAGGAGGUUGGAUUGGCAUGUUUGUUUGUGGGCUUGUAUAAUGUUCUUCAGUCUUCAAAUCGAUAGAGGGAAUAUCUCCCAGGCCGUCUCUGGGACUCUUCUGAAAGAUCUUCAUCUCAACACAAACGACUUCAAUCUCGGUAACACCGUCUUCAAAGUCUCUUUCCUCCUGGCAGAACUUCCAUCUCAACUCAUAUCCAAGAAGAUCGGACCAGAUCGUUGGAUACCUAUGCAAAUGAUAGCUUGGUCUAUUGUGGCGAUGGCUCAGGCUGCCAUGCAGAACAAAGCUGGUUUUUUGGCUUGCAGAGCUUUGAUUGGAAUGCUUGAGGGAGGUUUCAUCCCAGAUCUCGUUCUUUGGCUCUCAUAUUUCUAUACGAGCCGAGAAUUGCCUACCAGGUUGAGCUUCUUCUGGACGGCGUUGAGUGUGACUAGUGUCAUCUCAUCACUCGUUGCAUUUGGGAUUUUCCACCUUGAGGGUCAUCGAGGUAUUGCUGGAUGGAGAUGGCUCUUUCUACUCGAAGGUCUCGCGACACUUCUCAUCGGAGUUGCUUCGUUCUUCUUAAUGCCAGCAUCAGCAGUACAAACCAAGACUUGGUUUCGCCCGAAAGGAUGGUUUACAGAUCGGGAGCUGGGAAUUGUUGUCAAUAGAGUGUUGCGAGACGAUCCUAGCAAAGGUGAUAUGCACAACCGUCAAGCUAUUACCCCGAGAAGACUCAGGAGUGCGCUUAAGGAUUACGAUCUAUGGCCGAUUUAUGCUCUUGGACUUGUUUGCUUCAUUCCCGAGACCCCACCAGGAACAUACCUGACUCUCAACCUCCGCCAGUUAGGAUUUAGCACAUUCAACACGAAUCUCCUUACAAUUCCCGCUUCAGUCUUCCAUAUUUUCACUCUCCUCGGCAUAACAUGGCUAAGCGAGCGACUUAACGAACGCAGUAUCGUCGCCUCAUUCCAACCACUCUGGACGCUGCCUUGUCUCAUAGCUCUGUAUACUUGGCCAGGACUGAUGAAAGAUGUAUGGGGUACUUAUGCACUAACGAUGACGUUAUUGAGUUAUCCCUACUAUCAUGCGAUCAAUGUGGGAUGGGCAUCGAAGAAUUCGAACAAUGUCGACUCGCGCAGUGUAUCUACAGCUUUGUAUAACAUGUCCGUCCAGCUGGGUGGAAUCAUCUCUGCAAACAUCUAUCGCGAAGACGACAAGCCGCUCUACAAACGCGGUAAUCGAGUCCUGAUCGGGAUCGACGUCAUAGUUAUAUUCCUGUUCUUGUUCACAAAGGCGUAUUAUGUUACGAAGAAUAGGAUUCGUGAUAAGAAGUGGAAGGCUAUGACGCGAGAGGAACAAAUGGAUUACAGAAGAAACACUACAGAUACCGCGAGUAGACGGCUGGACUUCCGUUUUGCGCAUUGA